AUGCUUCCAAUAGAAAAAGAAAAUUCUAGAGUUGCUACAACUAAACCAUUAGAUGAACUUUUUACUAAUGUCGGUCAAAAGUUUGACUUAGAUACUAUAAAGCAUGAAGGCUAUCGUUUUGACUACCCAUUAAGAUGGUUAAGAGACCCAUCUGUCACAAAAGCUAUUGGCUUUCGAAGAAUAAAGUUUGUGUCUGUAGAAGAUAAAAGUUUUCCAUUUAUUGUAAGGUUUCAUAUAGAUUAUACAUCUGAAGGGCAACGAAAAAUGUGGGAAGAAAUUGAGCUAAUACAAGUUGACCUCUCAUCUUCUCUACAGACUGCAUUAAAAAUAUAG